GGGACUGAAGCGCGACGAAGCACCGGACAUUUCCUACCUACUGUCAGGGCACCCCCUCGUCCCCAUAUACGGCGGAGCGUUGCGAAGGGGGGCGGAGAAGGAGAUGUGGGGCGCGGCGCAAGGGAGGAGGAAAGGCUCGGCGCCGGCCGCCAGGCUCCAAAUCCGCGGCACCCACCUCUUGGGCAGAAGGCUUCCCUCCGCUGGACGUGUGGCCGGCCUUUUUUCAUUCGCGCUCGCUCGCUCUCCCGCACCCGCACGCUGGGCCGGGUGGUAUCGGGGCCGGGGCCGGGCCGGGGCCGGGGCCGGACUCCCUCAGCGGUCGCUCUCCUCCUGGCAUUCCCUGGGGUGGCCAGAGGCGAGGCGAGCAGAGCCCCAGCAGGGCGCCUCGCGUCCCCAGACGGCCCGCCCUGCCAGGCCCAGGGUCCUGCCCUCCUCCCUUCCCUCCACCCAAGGCGAGCGGCGGCAGGGGGCGCGGCCACGCUUCUCCUCCUACCUGGGGCUAUUCCUUCGAGAGCCCCGUCGGCGCGGCUCCUCCUCCUCCCCCUCCUCCCCCUCCUCCUCCUUGGCCCCAGCCGGUCCGCUUCUGCUGGAACGGAGGAGGCGGAGGAAGCCGCGGCGGCGGCGGCGACAGCGGCUCCUUGAACACGCCCGAGUUCAGCCUGGGGUCAGGCGGAGUUCGCGGCCCGGCCUUUACCUUUUCCGCCGCCGCCGCCGCUCCGGCACAUGGGGGCCAGGAACAGCCGCGGCGGCAGCAGCAGGAGCAGCCGCCGCCAAGCGGCCUGAGGCGCAGCCCGAGAGAGCCAUGCGCGUCCACACGGACCUGGCUUGCUUGGCGGACUCGACGGGACUCCCAGGUGACCGCGGCGCCGGCGCAGCGAUGUUGGACGCCUCCGAGUCGACGGACCACUCUCGGCAGCUGCUGCUGCAGCUCAACGCGCAACGCACCAAAGGCUUCCUCUGCGACGUGAUCCUGGUGGUGCAGAACGCGCUCUUCCGGGCGCACAAGAACGUCCUGGCGGCCAGCAGCGCCUACCUCAAGGCCCUGGUGGUCCACGACAACCUCAUCAACCUGGACCAGGAGAUGGUCAGCCCGGGCGUCUUCCGCGCCGUCCUCGACUUCAUCUACACCGGCCGGCUGGGCUCGGAGGCGGAGAGCGGCGGCGGCGGCAGCGACGGCGGCGGGGAGCCCAGCCUGGGCGCCGUGCUGGCCGCUGCCAGCUACCUUCAGAUCCCGGACUUGGUGGCCCUCUGCAAGAAGAAGCUCCGGCGCUCCGGCAAGUUCUGCCAGCUCCGCGGCGGCUACUCGCCCUUCGGCAAACUGGCCCGGGGCAUCCGCGCCGCCACGCCGGUUAUCCAAAGCUGCUACGCGGCUGGGCCGCCGCGCCCCGUGGAGCCGGGCAACCCGCUCAGCACCCACUGCGGAGAGCUCUACGCCGCCGCCUCGCAGGGGGCCGCCCUGCACCCCCACGGCGGGCUGUGUCCCCCCGAGCGCCUCUGCUCCCCGCUCUGCGGCCUCGACCUCUCCAAGAAGAGCCCCAAUGGGCCCUCGCCCCACCUCCCGCCGCCGCCACCUCCGGAGAGCCGCCUGCGUGCAGCGGUGGAGGGCCGGGAGAACUCGCUGCCCCCUCUGCCAGAGAGCCCCACCUCGGUGGUCGGCGCCGCCUUGCUGUCCAACCAUGCAGCGUUCGGAGAGGCGGCCUCUUCGCAGCUCCAGGCCUCUUUCCUCCAUCACCAUCACCAUCACCACCACCGCAGCAGCAGCAGCCCCGGGCCGGAGCCGUCGGGGCGGGCCGAGGUGGCGCCUGAAUUCCUCUACCGCUGGAUGAAGCACGAGCCCUCGGUGGGUGGCUACCUGGAGGACGACGACGACGACGACGACGAGGAGGAGGAGGAGGGCGACUGCCGGGGAGGACGGCGGAACAAGGGAGUCCGGGAGGGCGAGCUGGGACACAAGGCCGAGUCCCCCCCUUCGCAGCAGCGCCGCUACCCGACCCUGGAGAGCGGCGAGCCCGACGGAGAGGCCGAGGACUUGGAGAACGACAAGAGCACCAGCGAGGAGACGGGCUGCAGCAGUGGCGGGCCCUCUCCCGCGGCGGGCAGCCUGGAGCGAUACCUGGGCUACGAGCCAGAGAGCUUCGGGGGCGACAACCUCUACGUCUGCAUCCCCUGCGGGAAGGGCUUCCCCUCCUCGGAGCAGCUGAACGCGCACGUCGAGGCGCACAACGAAGAGGAGGAGCUGUACCGCAAGGAGGCCGCCGAGGCCGCCGCCGCUACCGGGCAGGGCUCACCUUUCCUGGACAAGCAGUUGCCGCCCCCGUCGCUGCAGCAGCAGCAGCAGCCAUCGCAGCCGCCGUCGGGGGGCCCCGCGGGCUGCGACCUGCUGCGCCCUUACCGCUGCUCCUCCUGCGACAAGGCCUACAAGGACCCGGCCACGCUGCGCCAGCACGAGAAGACGCACUGGCUGACGCGGCCCUAUCCCUGCUCCAUCUGCGGCAAGAAGUUCACCCAGCGCGGCACCAUGACCCGGCACAUGCGCAGCCACCUGGGCCUGAAGCCCUUCGCCUGCGACGCCUGCGGGAUGCGCUUCACCCGCCAGUACCGCCUGACGGAGCACAUGCGGAUCCACUCCGGCGAGAAGCCCUACGAGUGCCAGGUCUGCGGCGGCAAGUUCGCCCAGCAGCGCAACCUCCUCAGCCACAUGAAGAUGCACGCCGCUGCCGCCGCCGCUGCCGCCGCCGCCGCCUCGACGGGCCCCGACGGCAAGCUCAAGCUGGACGUCCUGGCCAUGGCGCGCCUGGCGCAGCAGCAGCAACAGCAGGACAAGGAGCUGCUCUCGCACGCUUCGCACUUCUUGGCCGCCGCCGCCGACCCCAAGGCCGCCAUGGAGAGCCUCUACCUCGGCCUCAGCCCCGACAAGGCGGCGGAGGUGAUGGCGCAGGGGGUCGCCGCUGCCGCCGCCGCCGCCGCCGCCGCCCACCUGCACAACGACCACCAGGCCCGGACCAUAGACCGGUUUUCCCCCCCCUGACCCGCGCUCGGGCGCUGCUUGCCUUGGGAUGCAGCGGAGGAGCGGGCUGGCCUCCGUUUUCUGGGUGCGUGUGUGGGUGACGCCGUCCUCCGCCGCGGAACAGGGAGUGUCCCCAAAGAACCAGUUUAGACCCCCUUUACUGGUGAUGCGGGUCCUAUCUCCCCCCUUCUCUGCCAGGCUUUGGAACUGCUGCCCGCCCCCCCCGCCCCCAAACAGGGAACCGUGAAUUUGUCCCUACCUCAGAUGCACCCGCGGGGGGUCUUCCUCUUCCUCCUCCCCAGUUGUUGGAACUCAUCACCAGCUUUCUUGGGGGGGGAGACAGGGGGCUCCCCUCCCCAGGGGCUCUGCCACAUGACAGAUGAGCUACCCAUGGCGCAGAAUGAACGCGGAAUUGUCAUUCUGGGGCUGGGUUUGCCACCGCAGGCCUGAUUUGCUUCAACGCUACCGGAAAGAAACUCCCUGCAUGUAAAUAAUCAAACAAUUAAAAAUAGCCCAACAUGGAACCUUUUCUCCUGGUUUUCUACAUGCAGGGAGAUCUUGUUGAUUUUACAAGGGGCCGGGGGUAAGCCUAUAAAUAUUCCCUGGCCCUAGAAUUUGUAAUGGUACAAUCCAGAAUUGCACCCCCUUCCUUUCCUUCUGCUUUAGGGGCAGAGGGGCUCCCCCGCCUCAAGGAGGACCCCUCCCUUCUCUUUGAGGUGUAGGGAUCGACUCAGGAAAGGGGCCUUGCAGCUUUGGUGCAGUCCUCAGGAAUUGGGGGGGCAAACUAGUCCUCCUCCUUGAAAGCUUUAAUAGCCAAGGGACAAAUCAAUUAUGUUCCCCCCCCUCCCCGCCUUACAUUUCCUCCACAACCCCUCUGAAUUCCCAGGGUUUGACUUUGAGGAGAAAAAAGUAAACCCAGAAGGCCUCAGCCUUUGCCUGGGGGGUGGGGGGCGCUCCUCCCGCGCCUUCCUGGAGUCAAACCAGCAACUGACUGCCCUUCCCAAGGAAUGCUGCUGCUGCUCCUCCUGUGGGGCAGGUUCAGUCUUUCUCUGUCUCCCUUUAGGAUGGCACAAGGCACAUCCUCAGGACAGGUCUGACUUUAGCUGAGGGGGGAGCCCUGUUUUUCACCUGCAAAAGCAGCUGAGGAAACUUGUGCCAUCUGAAGUCUUGUGACGGGUUGAUUGUGGCUGGAGCCUUUGUGGACCAUGCCUGGCUGGCAUCAUAUGAGUGCCGAGACUUAGGUGGUGGAGGGUGGGGCCAAAUAUUCACAAAAUGCAAUGUGUAGAGAGUCUGUGGCUGCUGAUUUCAGUGUCCCACAGACUGUCCUCUUUGCAUUUCAUGGACAUUUGCCUCCCCCAUGCCCCUUGCAAAGUCCUGACCCCCAAUAUCUAUAUGUCUGGCAACUGAGGAUACCCACACCAGCUUCUGUCACAAUAUGUUAAGGCUUUACGGUGACACAAGAGCACUUGUUUUUGUAACUGAAUUGUCACUCUUUUUGCAGGAGUGGGGAGCUUGUACCUUUAAAUUACACCUGUUGAUUUUCUGCCUGACUGAUAAAAACAAGGGGGGGAACCCUCCUCCCCAAUGUGGCAACCUUAAAUCUCAAUGUGCGAGGAGGAAACCCUUUCUGUCUGUGACCCAACACCUUCAGGGUUUACACAGAGCUCCAAAAGAGGGAUGGUCACUUGGGGCCCUCCAGAUGUUGCUGGAUUCCCAACUCCCAGGAUGCCCCUGGCCAUGCCAGCAGCUGGGAAAGGGCGUCCAGCAACCAGGAGGACUGCAGAGUCCUCAGUCCUGCUUUGGGAUCAGCUCCCAGCAAGGGGCAAUGCAGCUUGGCUCGCUGGCAUGAGCUGCCUCCGGUCAGUUGCCUGGUGGUCUGUUUGGCAGCACUCCUGAGAUGUGACAGAGAGGGCGGGGGGGACAUCCUGGCACACAGAGCUGGAGUUCUUGGCUGCUGCCCCUUUUUGCCCCAGCGGGCACAGGGGAACUGAUGCCAGCCCAGGACAUCCUCUGAGCAAGCGCUUCACCUCCCCCAGCCUGUUUUGCAAUGUGAAUAGGGGAGGGCGCUCUGUCUCCUUUUCCCUUCAGUAAAGACUGUGAUAGGAGGGGAGGGUUCCCUCUUGACGGAGGGCUGGACUCUGUUGGAAAGGGCUGAGCACCAUCCCAGUCUUCCAAAUACAAGCAGAAUCCGCCGUCCAUGGUUACUUACCCACUCCUGAAGCCAAAGAUUAUUUGGGGGUGUCUUUUGUGUGUGUAGGGGACCCCCUUCUCUGCCUGUCCCUCCUUCUAAAGGACAGUUUGACAAAGGCACUCCCCCAAUUUGUCAGCUGUGUUGAUGGCAGGAUGGGCUGACCUAUUUUACCUUUGGGAUGCAGGAGGAAAACCAGAAGCUUUAAGAAGGCGUGUGUGUAUGUUUAGGACGGGGACACCACAUGUGCCUGUUUGCCCCAUUUCCUGGGGUCAGCAGGUGCAGGUAUUGGCCUCUCUGAAGCACUAGCCUCCUCACCCUUCCUGCUGCACUUAUGGGGAGAGGGAUGAGCAUGUUGGGGGUGUGUGCAGAUUUGCCCUCUGGCCCAGCCAAAGCAGCUGCCCCUCUCCUCCUGCCCCAAAAACCUUUUAACCAAAGUUUGGGUUAAAAUGUGAAGCCCCCGCUUUUCACCUCUUUUGCACACAACCUCCCACCUUUACCCAGCGUGGGGCUGUGUCUUCUUCAUCUGAGCCAGCUGCCUUCCCUGCCCCCACCCCUCUUCCCAGCCCUGGGAGGACACAGCAAGGGGCUCCCCCAUCCUUGAAAAAAAAACCAAAACCCAACUAUCAAAAAGGGGGCCCCUGCUGUGCCUCCUGUAGCAUUUUGUACAUGGGGUGUCGUUCCUUUUCUUUUAUACCGGAAGAAAAAUAUAUUAAAAAAUUUUAAAACACAAA